AUGGCAGAAAUGUUGGAUGAUUUUUUCAACAUAAACCAACUGCUCAUGGAGCAGGACAUGGUGAUGGAAGAGAAUUCCAGCAGUUCAGGGUCAGAAACUCAAGAGCCAACUAAACAGCAACAAAAUGAAGACAAUUCAUCAGCAGAAUCAGUAACAGAUACAGAGCAAGAAAAUCAGCAACAAAUAUUUGUGAGGCAAAGCAGAGAAUUAAACAUUCAAGAGAAAAGGCAGAUUGUUAAUGAUAUUCUGCUUAAUAUGGUAGGUGACACACUGCCUAGAGGAAUGCUGACCUCAUUGGCAAAGAAACAUCAUGUACACAGAUCUACUACAUGCAGGUGGCUAAAAGAAAUCAAAACACACAUGCAACUGGGAGAAGCAGUGGAUGUCAGAACCAAGAAGUUAGGGAAAACUGGUCGCAAGCCUUUUGAAUACUCUGAUGAGUGGCUUGUGUUGAAGAAAAGGGGCAGACUUAGGGCAGUGUCAGCAACUAAUCACCCAGCAUUAUCAGAUAAUCACAAAGUUGCAAGGCUAAAAUGGGUACUGCAACACAUUCAUCCAAUUCCAAGUGAGGGGGACCCUACAAUUAUGGAUAUGCAACAUCACAUACACAUUGAUGAGAAGUGGUUCUACCUGAACCCAGAGACAAGGACUUUCUAUCUCACACCAAAUGAAGAGGUCCCAUACAUAGCACACCAGUCUAAAAGGUUUAAGAUAAAGGCAAUGUUCAUGGGAAUGGUGGGCAAACCACUUUAUGCUGCAAAUGGGACUCUGAUACACUCAGGGAAGUAUGGUUUAUCCCCUUUUGUGAAACAUGAGAGGGCAAAAAAGAAAAGCAAAAACAGAGAAGCAGGAACAAUGGAGACUAAAGCAAUUCAGAAUGUGAACAGAGAAGCUAUUAGGCACAUGAUUUUAGUCAAAAACAUUCCAACAAUUCAUGCACAAUGGCCAUCACAAUUAUCAAAGAAUAUAAUCAUACAAUGGGAUAAUACUAGGCCACAUCAAGUACCAUCAGAUGAAAAGUUUUUGGCAGCAACACAAGCUAAUGGGUUUAACAUUCAAUUUGUUUUCCAACCUGCACAAUCACCAGACCUUAAUGUGUUGGACCUAGGUUUGUUCAAGGCAAUUCAGUCCAUACAAUACCAGUCAUUCUCAACAAAUAUUGAUGAGCUAAUUGAGAAAGUGGCAGAGGCAUUUGAGGUGUUUGAUCCUACACUAAACAGGUACACUUGGAUCACACUACAGGCUUGCAUGAUUAAGGUGUUGGAAAAACAAGGUGGGAACAACUUCAAUCCACCACACAUGGGAAAAUCAAGGCAAGACAGGCAAGGGACUUUGGAGGAAAUUUUGAAGGUAGACAUAACUCUAAUUGCAGACACAGUGCAGUAUCUCAACACCCUUUUUGUCCCAACCACAGGACCACAACCAGAAAGUCAAGAAAUGGAAGUAGAUGCAGAUUGA